UGCAGCCCUGCCCAUGCCUCUGCUGAGAUCACCAGACAUGUCCUGUGGAAGCUGGAAGCCCACCAUGGUGACCCAGGGCGUCCUCUGGGUCUUGUUGGCACUGCUGCUACAGCCGGAGCCAGGGACAGCCUCCCUGCCUCUGCUCAUGGACUCGCUCGUGCAGGCCCUGGCUGCCCUGGAGAAGAAUGCAGAGCCCGGGGCCGGUGCCCCUGUGACUGAGUGGCCACUGCUGGCCCCGGGCCUCCUGGAUCCCCUCUAUGUCUUCUUGCUGGACGGACAGCACCUCCUGACCGCCAAGCUGGGAGCCCCUGAGCUGAGCCCAGAGCUUCAGGCCCUUAUUUCGGAGCUGGCCCAGCAUAGUGUGCGGGGCCGGGAGGAGCAGGGGGUGGUGUUGGCCCCCGAUGGCUCCACAGUGGCUGUGCAGCCCUUGCUGGCAGGGCUGCAGGCCGGGCGACAGGGGCGCAGGGCUGUGCUGAUUCCCUUGGACAGCAGGGACGCCUCUGUGUCCACUGGAGCCCUCGGACUCAGCUCUCCAGACACCCACAGCUUCUCACCAAAUGCCAGUGUCAAGUCACCAACCACUGUGGACAGCCUCCUGGGGGUCACCCUGGCCAGAAAUCUGGGCCUGGCCUUCCUCCAUGUCCCCCAGAUCCAGAGCCGUCCGGGACUGGGAACGGAUGGCUGCUGGGACCAGCUCUCUGACCCCCGAAACUUCACGCUCCUGGACCCUGAGAACUCACCUCUCACCUUGGCCUUCCUCAAUGGUGCCCUGGAUGGGUUAAUCCUCGGAGAUUAUCUGAGCCGCACCCCUGAGCCCCAACCUCUCUUUAGCCACCUGCUGGGACAAUACUAUGGGCCAGGGGUGGCCGGAAACUCGUCACUUCGCAGCAACUUCCGAAGGCAGAAUGCAGCCCCCCUGACUUUGACCCUCACCCUGGCACAGCAGGUGUGGGGGGCUCUCCUCCUGCUCCAGAAGCUUGAACCAGAGCACCCUCAGCUGCAGGGCAUAGGGCAGGAGCAACUGGCAAAGGUGGCCACCCAUGCUGCCACAGAAUUCACGGAAGCUUUCCUGGGGUGCCCGGCCAUCCACCCCCGUUGCCUCUGGGGCGCAGCGCCCUACAAGGGUAGCCCCACGCUGCUGCAGCUCCCGCUCAGCAACUUAUACGUGCAUCACACAUACCUGCCCUCGGCUCCUUGCACUGAUCUUGCGCACUGCGCUGCGGAUAUGCGCUCCAUGCAGAGCUUCCACCAGGAGACCCGUGGCUGGGACGACAUUGGCUACAGCUUCGUGGUGGGCUCCGACGGCUACGUGUACGAGGGCCGCGGCUGGCGCUGGGUGGGCGCGCACACACGCGGUCACAACGCCCACGGCUUCGGCGUGGCCAUCAUCGGCAACUACAGCGCACGGCUGCCGGCUGAGCGCGCGCUGCGCACCGUGCGCCUGGAGCUCCCGCAGUGCGCGGUGCGCGCCGGUCUCCUGCGCCCCGACUAUGCGCUGCUCGGUCACCGCCAGCUGGUGACCACGGACUGCCCGGGGGAGGCGCUAUUCCAGCAGCUGCGCUCCUGGCCGCACUUCUCUGAAACCAAGAAACGACCGUGAUGCUGGUGUGGCCGCACAGCCCUGCCUCCUCGCCCCUGGAUCCACCUGGAGGCACACCCCUACAUCGGAUGGCAGGAGGGAGCCCUUGCGGGCAGUCAGCCGCAGUUCCAUCCAGUCCCAGUACCACAUAGGAGCCCUGGAGCCCUGCCAGGACUGAGCUCUCAGCACUGCUGGCUGUAGCCCCAAGC